CGCACUGGCCUCUCGAGGUGUUUGUGGCUGACUUGGGUCGCGUCGAUCGAUUCUGACAGGGCACUUUUGGGUGACAACUGACACUGAGCACAAUGCAGCAGACCAACGGCGUCGAGGCAACCCUGGACUGAAGAGCAGCCUCACAUGAUGGCAAUGGUUGCCCAUCUACAAUCGACAACGUACCUUGUUCCGCGAGGCUUUGAGGCUUCCGUUGAUGUGCCCGGAUGUACGACCAAACGGUUCGUUGCCUUACUCUGCGUCGUACUUGACCCCGCUAGAGGUUACACAAUCACACUCGAUAAUGCUUAUGCAGAGAGAAAUAGCACAGUCCUUGAUGUCACCGGCGGCACAGAGACUACUUUAUCAACCGCAGACGAGACUAUUCACAAUCCGGCGGCAUCAAAGAUUCGCAUCAUGCCAGAAAUCCAAGGGUACCACUAUGCGCAGCUGAUGCGAUUGCGAUCCUAAGAAGAAGCAUACAGAAGUUCAAGGUAAGGUACUCCAUACGCCAUGCAAACUCUGUCGCCAGCAGGCGCACUCGGGAUGCCGAGCAUGUCUUAUCGCUCUUUGGGGAUGCCAUGCACAGAGGGGCAGCGAUAGGACCGCUUUGUCAAGGAGAGUUUCUUGUGUUGG